ACAGCAGCACAUGUACCUGCUUUUAUCAUUUUACAAGCACAUAUUUGCACCGCAACCUCGAUUAAGCAAUAACUGGUGUUUAUCUGUUUAUUUAACUAUUUAUUUUUAAAUAAAUUCCGUAAUACAAACUGCAGCUACACAACAAAGAAACGCGGGAUUGUUGACAGGUUAUUAUGGACAUCAUAUUGAUGUUGCUACUUACUGUUUCUUUCUUCUGUCCGGUUCAGUCAGGUGUGGAGACCUGUGAUGUGAGGCAGUAUCAGUGUGGUAAUGGAAAGUGCAUUACGUCGAGAUGGGUCUGUGAUGAAACCGAUGACUGUGGUGACGGCACGGAUGAACUUCCCGCAGCUUGCUUGGAAAAGACCUGCAAACCCUCUGAAUUUAGCUGUGGUGGGCGACUCAACCAGUGCAUCCCUAAGAGCUGGAAAUGUGAUGGCAAAGCUGACUGUGAGAACAGCGCAGAUGAGGAAAGCUGUGAACCUCGGCAGUGUUUAAACAGUGAAUUUCGCUGCGGCAGCGGUCAGUGCGUGUCCAAGGCGUUCGUGUGUGACGAGGAGGCAGACUGUGAUGAUGGUAGUGAUGAAGCAUCCUGUCCACCCACAACCUGUGGAUCCAGCUCAUUUAGGUGUAGCAACGCGCAGUGUGUUCCUCGACUGUGGGUCUGCGAUGGAGACGCCGACUGUCCGGACGGCUCAGACGAAGGGCCGCAGAUUUGCGGUUCAGGGUCAUCGACGGUGCCCAGAAAUCCCUGCCUCUCUAUGGAAUUCCUUUGCGGCAGCGGCGAAUGCAUUCACAGUAACUGGAAAUGCGAUGGUGGAGCGGAUUGUUUGGAUCGAUCGGAUGAAAAAAACUGCUCUUUAGCCACAUGCCAACUGGAUGAGUUUCAAUGCGGUGAUGGAUCUUGCAUCCACGGUAGCCGUCAGUGCAACCAAGUUUACGACUGUAAAGAUUUAAGCGAUGAGCUGGGUUGUGUUAAUGCGACCCAUUGUGAAGCACCCCAAAAGUUUAAGUGCCGCAGUGGUGAAUGUAUCGACAUGGAGAAGGUUUGCAACAAGCAGCGGGAUUGUAGGGAUUGGUCGGAUGAGCCGCUACGAGAGUGUGAUUCGAACGAGUGUCUGUAUAGCAAUGGAGGCUGCUCUCACAUUUGUAAUGACCUAAAGAUCGGUUACGAGUGCCUGUGUCCCACCGGUUUCCGUCUGGUGGGGAAAAAACGAUGUGAAGAUAUCGAUGAAUGUGAAAAUCCAGACACCUGCAGCCAAAUCUGCGUCAAUCAGGUGGGCAGUUACAAGUGCGAAUGUGAGGAGGGCUACCAGAUGGAUCCUGCCAGCAAGGCUUGCAAAGCUAUUGGAACCAUUGCAUACCUGUUUUUUACCAAUCGGCACGAGGUGAGAAAGAUGACCCUGGAUCGCAGCGAGUACACGCGAGUCAUUCCCAGACUUAAGAACGCUGUGGCGUUGGACAUGAAUGUCGCUUCUAGAGAGAUCUACUGGUCAGAUUUGUCCCUCAAGAAGAUAUAUAGGGCACAAAUGGAUACCGCAGAUAACAGCUCCCAACACAGCGUCGUAAUUGGCAGUGGCUUAGAUGCCGUUGAAGGUCUCGCUAUCGACUGGAUCCAUGGGACGAUCUACUGGACGGAUAGCAUCCAAGGCGCCAUCUCAGUGGCAACUGUGGAUGGAAACAGACGCAAGACGCUCUUCAAAGAAAACCUGGCCAAGCCUCGUGCUAUUGUAGUCGACCCUAUUAAAAACUUCAUUUUCUGGACCGACUGGGGUACACCAGCCAAGAUUGAAAGAGGUGGCCUUAAUGGAGGAGAUCGUACUGCCCUGGUUACGGAUAAUAUUAUCUGGCCCAAUGGAAUAACCCUUGAUCUGCUGAACCAGCGCCUGUACUGGGUGGACUCCAAACUACACACUCUUUCCAGUAUCAGCGUGCAAGGAGGUGGUCGACGUACUCUAAUCAUAGACCAAGGCAAACUCGCCCAUCCUUUGGGUCUUACUGUUUUUGAGGAGAAAGUAUUCUGGACUGAUGUGAGCAACAAUGCGAUUUUGAGCGCAAAUCGUGUGACGGGAAGCGACAUUAGAAAAGUAGCAGAACAUCUCUCAUCUCCAGAAGAUAUUGUCUUGUACCAUAACCUCAAACAACCUAAAGGAAUAAACUGGUGCAAGGUCAACAACGGAGGCUGUGAGUUCCUGUGUCUGGCCGCACCUCAAAUCAAUCAGUUUUCACCCAAGUAUACAUGUGCCUGCCCAGACCACAUGAUGCUGGCCAGAGACAUGAGAAAAUGCAUCCCAGCUGUGGUGACACCAGCAACCCCUAUCAGUCCUGAAAUGUCGACAACUAAUCAUCCUCAAGAACCUUCAAAUACCUCACCGAAACCUUUACUUCCUUCAAAGCCGUCACCAAAACCAUUACUUCCUGUUCCUGUGAUCCCUGACAAAGCCACCCCGGCUACCCCUGGCAAACCCUCCCAGACCACUCCUCAGCCUUCCGUAUCUACCCAGACAGAUGAUCAACACUACAAUGAUGUAAAAGCGGCCACAAAAGCAACACCUUCCAGUUCGGUGGCCCUGUAUAUUAUAUUACCACUCGUCCUCAUCUGUUUGGCUGCGGUUGGUGCUGUACUCUUUCGGAGAAAGUGGCGGCAGAAAAAUACCAACACCAUUCACUUUGACAACCCGGUUUAUCAAAAGACCACCGAGGACCAGGUGCAUUUAUGUAGGAACCGGAGUUCUGAUGGCUAUUUGUACCCACAGCGGCAGUCUGUGAGUCUUGAGGAUGAAGUUGACAGUGAUUUCCAUGCUGACACUACCAGUGUUUCAGGACUGGUAAAGAGCCAUAUUUAAUGUCUUAGCCAUGCUCGGAGGUCAAAACAAUCAUUUGGGGAACACCGGAGAGUCCACUUAAUCUAAUUUGGUGUGCAAGGCGAUUUGUGACCCUGUCUGUGAAAUCCGGGCUAAAGUUUUAAAAUCUAAUGAUGUCACUCAUUGACAUGACCGAACUCGGUCAAUGUUAAAGAUAUCAAGGGUAUAUUUUUUACACAAUGUUCUUCACAUUAUGUAGGAUUACUUUAUAAAGAGAACAUUUAAUCAAUAAAAAGACUUCAGCUGGGUUUUAACAGGCAGGGUCACGUAUUUGAUGCAAAAACAAUCCAGGACUGCCAGUUUACCUCAAACAACAACCUCAUCUUAGCACUUCCCUAUAUGUAAAUAAUAAAAUAAAAAAAUAUGACUAUAUAUACACUUGUUUAUAUAUAGUGAUAUCUUUUAAGAGUACUUAAUGUUAUCAAGGUUUUAUUCUCACGAGGUAUACAAAGAUCAAUGUAAAUACUGUAUUUUAUUGGCGUAAUCAACUUAAAAUUGUUUAGUUAUUAAAUUAAUUUAUUUUAAAAAUGCAAAUAUGGGGAGUAUUUUUAAGCAAAAGUGGAUAUUUUGCACAUAUUUUUUAUAUGAUGCAUUAGUGCAUCAUUAAUCUUAUACAUGAAUAUAAUAUAAUAUAAUUGAUUUUCUUCUAAUUGAAAUAGAUAGUAAGCAAACAGUGACAUUGAUGUCAGUAUUUGUUUAAAUUACUGGCUCACAGGAUAAUGCAAUUUAGAGCUGAUGAUGAUAUUUGUGACCCUGGACCACAAAACUAUAUAACAUAAGUAGCACAGGUAUAUAAGUAGAAAUAGCAAACAAUCAGUGUUGGGGAAAGUUACUUUUAAAAGUAAAGUAUUACAAUAUUAAGUUACUCCUAAAAAAACUAAUUGUGUUACUUUUUAUGGAAAGUAAUACUUUACUAAAGGCUUGAUCUCUUUUCAGGUGUUUUUAUGACCUACAUUCUGCAUUCAGAAAUUGCAUAUUUCCAUUGCAAAAAUGUCAAUCUCCAUUUCUGAAUCAAACUGUUGCUGCUCAGACGCACACGCAUAGAGUCCUACGUGACUACGUUUAGUGAAAUUCAGUACAUAAUUUUUUUUUAUUGAAUUAAUUAAACUGAAAAGUAACUUGCAUUACUUUUUAAAAAGUAACUCAAAUAUUAAUGUGCAAAUUUAUAAAGUAAUGUGUUACUUUACUCGUUACUUCAGAAAAGUAAUAUUAUUACAUAAUGCACAUUACUUGUAAUGCGUUACCCCAACACUGCAAACAAUACAUUGUAUGGGUCAAAAUUAUCAUUUUUUAUGCCAAAAAUCAUUAGGAUAUUAAGAUCAUGUUCCAUAAAGAUAUUUUGAAAAUUUCAUACCGUAAAUAUAUCAAAAAUGAAUUUAUCAUUAGUAAUAUGCAUUGCUAGUGACUUCACUUGAACAACUUUAAAGGCGAUUUUCUCAAUAUUUAAAUUUUUUGUCAUCCUCCGAUUUAAGAUUUUCAAAUCGUUAUAUUACAGCCAAAUUGUAUCUUUGUGUCUCAAUGGAAAGCUUAUUUAUUCAGCUAUCAAAUGAUGUAUAAAUCUCAAUUUCAAUAUAUUUACUCUUAUAACUGGUUUUGUGGUCCAGGGUAUAGUAAAUAAGGUUUCUAGCUAAAAAUCUUUCGUCAUUAAAACAAUUUCAUGUGUGGUCAACAAGCAGAUCAUCAACUUUUUAUUUUUCGUUUCAAAAUGGUCAGUGUUUGAAUUGAAAGCAAUGGUUUACAAUGGGAUAAAGAAGGACUUUGAAUAUCCACCAAUCAGCAUCUGACUAUUAAAAGCUAUGAAUAUGUUUUUAUUCAUCGCAAUUAUAGUUUUUCAUCUUUAAAGCCGAGUAUUGCUCAUAAUACUUUACCAUGAUUUUACUGUGAUAACACUACAUUUAAUAACUGUGGUAUUCUGGUGGAAAUGUGAAAUAUUCCUAGUGAAUCAUCCGUGUAGGGAUUGAGGGAAUGUAAAUGUUUAUAUGACAAGUAUUCAAUACACUGUCAGAAAAAAUGGUCAAAAUAUGUACCCUAGCUGUAACUGGGCCGGUACUCUUUCAAAAAGUACACUAUUGUACCCAAAGAGUUCAUUAUACAGUACAUAUUGCUACCAAAUGUAUACAUAUCUGUGCCUAAUGGUACAUAUUUUAACCAUUCUCUACAAAACAGUGUUAUUGUGAUAUGUUUUUGUUUAUCAAAACAUAAAUGAAGUUUGUUUGAUGUUGAGUUUGAAAAAGCAUCCAUGGUUUUGAUAAUCACAGAUAAACGAUGAAGAUUACAGAUAAAGUCCUUAUGGACGUGACUGUCACUGGAGUUGUGAUUGUGAUUAUUUGUGUAUUUAUUUGUAUUGAGUUGUUAGGUAAAUAUUAAGAUCAUCCAUCUGUUUAUGUUUCCAAUUGCUACAUUCUCCAUACAAAUGUGUAAAUAUUGUAUUCAUAUGUGUAAAUAUGUUACUUAUUAUCUCCACUUUGUAUUUGUAUCUGCUAUUGUAUAUAAAGAAAUGUUUGUAUUUAUUUUUAAAUCAAAAUCUGUGGUUGAUAAUUGCCUUUCAUUUCUGUGUACUCUGUUGUUUAGUGUAAAUGAUGUAUGUUUUUGUACAUGCUGAUUGACUGGUGUAGUUUAACAAAUUGUUGAUGGAUUUGUAUAGUACUGAUGAUUUUUCUGUUAAACCAAUCAAUAUUGUUUUUCAACUGUGAAACUUCACCUGAAAUAAACAUUUUAAAUAGUUUAA